AUGACAGCGUCUUCAGCCGAGCCAAACGGCUUUGAGGACCUCGUUUCGCUCUUCGCCGCUGCUUUGCCAGAUGCCAACAAGGAUCCCAAUGGGGAGGUGCGCACGAUGCUCGACACCUUGAGAGAGUUCCUCCGUGGUGUCCAUCCCGACGACGCGGCGGCCAGUGUAUUGACAGGAGCCCGCCAUGCGCUCCUUUCCUGUCGGGGAGCUGGCCGGCCUUCCCUGAGUUCCUACGCCUGUAAGACUUCGCUGUCCAUGGUCAAGAAGCUGCUGGCCCUCCAGGGCUCGGUCUACUCAGCGGUGCUGACGCCCUACCACGACAACGGUCUGUUUGCCAACGUCCUCCAGGUGUGCGAUGCACUGCUCUUGGCGAAACCAGGAGUGCCCGUCCUGGUUGAUUGGAAGCGAAAAGGCUCCGAAGGCCAUUUUCAGUAUGGCCCGGAGGGCUUUGAUCUCUUUGGGCACCUCUUCGAAGCCGGUGAGCGCUGCCGCUCUGCGACCGAAGUGCCAUCAGAGAGCUUGAGCAUGCCGGGGCGUAUCAACUGCCUCUUCAUGAACAUGCUCCGGGGCUACUUCUGGUCCUUGCCGGAGGACGCUCUCAAGGAGCUCCGCCUGCGCUACGCAGCAGCCAUUCGUGUUCUCCAACCAGCCCAGCAUGUGCAGCGAAAGUUGCAGGAAUGCACAAGUUGGACCGAGGAGGCUCUCGUUGUGGGCGUGCACAAGAGGCUGGCUUGCUCGGAGAUGGUUGCCUGCCAGCUGUCGCAGCGAGCUCCGUCUUGUGCAGAGUUUAUCGCCAAAGCACGCAAGAUACUGUCUGCGAGUGAAAAGCAGCGUAAGCUGAUUUUCUUGGCUACGGAUGAUGUAAAGGCGGUGGAAGAAUUCGAGGUCGCGUUCCCUCGAGAUGGAGACGUUGAGCUGUGUUAUCGUCGUGUGAAGCGGUCGCCGGGUGGAGUUCGCGAAGAUGGCAUCGACAAUGAGGUGCACAGGAGCCCCUGUGCCGAAGCUGACGCAGAAGAUGCGCUCAUCGAUGCGCUUGCCCUGUCUAGAUGUCAGCAUCUCGUCUGCGUUGACUCAAACUUGGCCAUCUACGUCGCUCUCUUGAACCCGGAGAUGCAGCUCCAUGCCCUCAGCAGCAUCCUCCCAGAGGGAUGGGAGGAAGCUGCCGAGAGACCAGAGGAGGUGGUGCAUGCCUCCUACGAGGUGGUCUUCGCACCGAUGGUCUUCGUUCGCAAGGGCCCGAGCACGGCGACCGAGCUGCUGGGGGCCCGCAAGCCUGGCGAGAUCGUCUGCUGCACCGGUCGCGGCUUCGACGGCUGGGUCGAGCUUGAGGGAGGCGGUUGGAUGCUGGUCGACGGGGCACGCGGCGGCAAGCAGAAUGCUGCGGCUGGCACCCUGCUCAAGCCGGUGGGCGACAUUUUGGCACCACAGACAAACCGCGGCUACUCGAAAAGUGCAGACGCCUUCGAGAAGCAGGACUUUGACAAGGCAUCGUCGGUCGUCGACUUGGUGACGGGAUUUGCGGGGCAUAUCUCCCUUUGGAACAACCUGGAGCCUUUGCGUUUUCUGUUCAAUAUCAAGGCUCAUGAUAUCUGGCUGGCGCUGAUGUGCGAGGCCCGGUCAACACAGUAUCGCCAGAGGACUCCGGGCGCUUCCUGGCUUCCCCCCAUCAAGAAGGCGCCUCAGCAGCGCAUGGCGGCGAAAGCCCUGCUGCGGCGCGGCCUCGCGAGGGAGGCGCUGGGCGACCUGAACGGAGCCAGGCAGGACCUUUCCCACGCGGUGGCCGAAAAUUUCAUGGACCUGCAGGCUCAGGACGCCCUUUCUCGUGUAGAGCAAAGACUCAGCGAGGAAAAACAGAGCGAUGGACUGAUUAAGUCCGAGACCGCCUUGGACUUGGAAGACCUGGCGAGUCGCUACGACACUCAAGUCCUUCGCGAGUACUUGUUGGAGCAGGAGGAAGGCAGCACGAGACAGCGGCAGGCUGAGGAUGCGGAGCAAGCAACGCUGCCAGAUGUCUACGAUCUUAGACAACGGUGCUUUCGAAGGAUACGCAAUCUGCUGGUGGUCAACUUCCUUGCAUAUUGGUCCACUCUGAGCUAUUGUGGGUACGCUUACUACCUUCGAGUCGAAGAAGCCGGCACGAAGGCACUUCCGCCCAUGGAUGUGGCACUGGCGUGCGUCUUCCUUCUGGGCACGCAGGCCACAUUGGAAUUGGCUGCUGCCGUUUGCCUUACUCAGCCAGUGCGCCAGGGCGAUGGCAGGAG